CGGCCUCCCGAUCGCCACCCUCACCAAGUUCAACAGUCCCACCAUACAUACAUUUCGCCGCCAAGAAUAUCCAAGGGAUCCAACCAAGAGAGCUAGUAGUUAACAAUGGCGUCUGUGGGGUUCGGCAGCAGCGUGGCGGCCGUGGCGCCGGCGGGGAGGACGAGCCUUCGCCCGCAGCGGACGCGGCUGGCGGUGCCGGCGGCCACGAGGGGCACGCCGGCUCCGGCCAAGAAGGAGAAGAGCAUCCUGGACUUCAUCGUCAGCGCCAUCGUCAAGGACGAGCAGGAGUUCAUCGAGACCAACCCGCUGCUCAACAAGGUGGACGGCCCGGCGCCCUCCGCCGGUGGCACCGCCUCCAGGAAGGCCGGCGGCACCACCUCCGGCAAGAAGCCCGCGGCCGGCAGCGAGGGCGGCGGCGGGUUCAACCUCGGCGGCCUCUUCGCCAAGAAAGGCUAGGCUGAACCAGCCCGCCUAAUACGUAGGCGCGCGCUUGGGUGCGUGCUUCCAUCUCAUAGCUCGAUUUAUUGCUGUAACUCCAUGAAAAACAUCGCAGAGAUUUGCAUAUAUGUAUAUGCGGUGUGACUACUCAAAUGAUUCUUGCUGUGAUGCCUUAUAGAUUUGUAUUCUUCUUCACACAA